AUGAAGAUGUUCAACCUGCUUUAUCUGCUGCUCCUGCUGGUGGCUCUGCUCGUGUCUGCGUCUGCGGCCAGGCCAGAUUUUCUAAACCUCAGAAGAAGGUACCACAGACACCACUGCCCACACAGACGCUGCCUGCCUCUGCACUCCAGAGUACCCUUUCCUUGAGAUUUGAAAAGAAAAUGAGAAGAAACAGCACCACAAGAGGCUAUAGGAUGCAACUACAGUGGGAGACUCCUACAUCAGGGCUGCACCACAAGACACCAGUUGUGAA